AUGGCCGUCUUUGGUCAGUACGACUACCUCUUCGCGGUGGGCACAAUCUUUGCCUUCCUCGAUGCCUGGAACAUUGGCGCCAACGAUGUGGCCAACUCGUGGGCCUCGUCUGUCUCCUCUCGCUCAGUCUCCUACAUGCAGGCCAUGCUGGGUGCCAGCUUGAUGGAGUUCAGCGGUGCCCUCGGUGUCGGCGGCCGAGUCGCAGACACCAUUCGAACCAAGGUCGUCGCCGUCGAUGCCUUUGAUGACAGCCCUCAGAUGCUGAUGCUGGGUAUGGUCUGUGCCGUUAUUGCUUCUGCCACCUACCUCACUUUCGCUACCCGCUUUGGUUUCCCCGUUUCCACCACUCACUCUCUCCUCGGUGGUGUCUUGGGAAUGGGCGUUGGUGCCCUUGGCGGCUCUGGUAUCACCUGGAUCGGCUACAAGGAGAACGGCUCAGUAGAUAUCCAGCAGGGUGUCGUUCAGGUCUUCCUCGCCUGGAUCAUUGCUCCCAUGCUCUCCGGUAUCUUCGCCUCCCUGAUCUUCCUCUUCACCAAGUAUGGCGUCCUCCUCCGCAAGAAUCCCGCCAUGAAGGGUCUCAUCCUGGUCCCCUUCUACUUCUGGCUCACUGCCUCCCUCAUUGUCAUGCUUCUCAUCUGGAAGGGUGGCUCUUACAAGGUCAACCUCACCGAUGCUCAGAUCCCCGGUGUCAUCGUCGCUGCUGGCGCUGGUUGGGGUCUCCUCAUGGCUCUCACUCUUGUUCCCUGGAUGUACCGUGUCAUCAUCAAGGAGGAUUGGCAGCUCAAGGCUUACCACAUCUUCCUCGGUCCCCUUCUCCUCCGCCGUGGCCCCGUCCCUCCUCCCCCUGAGGACUUCCAGGGAGUCGUCCGCAACUUCUACGAGGGUCAUCUCACUCGGGAGGAACUCGAGGCCCGCCGUGCCCAGCGUGCUUCCGAAGUCAACGAGGAUAUCGAGGCCAACCACGAGAAGAAGGUUGCCGCCGUCGACAACACUUCGGAAGAGACUCCCGCUCCCAACCCCCACGCGCACAAGUCUAUGGUUGGCCCUAAGCCCGAUGGCCCCUGGCACAGUGGUGCUUUCAUCUGGUGGGCUAUCAAGUUUGCCGUCCUGCACGGUGUUGAUAAGGAUAUCGUCAGCUCCCAAAGCGAGAAGUCUGUUGUCGCUGGCGAUGUCGAGGAGAUCCACGCCCGCGCUGCUCACUACGAUAACCGCGCCGAGUUCCUGUACACCUUCCUCCAAGUCAUGACUGCUGCUUCUUCCUCCUUCGUCCACGGCGCCAACGAUGUUGCCAACGCUGUCGGUCCUUAUGCUUCCAUCUACCAGAUUUGGCAGUCUGGUGAGGUUCCCGGAAAGAAGGCUCAGGUCCCUCUCUGGAUUCUCGCUUUUGGUGGUGCUGGUAUCGUCAUUGGUCUCUGGACAUACGGCUACAAUAUCAUGCGCAACCUUGGUAACCGUGUCACCCUCAUGUCUCCCUCCCGUGGCUUCUCCAUGGAGCUUGGCUCUGUCAUCACUAUUAUCCUGGCCACCCGUCUAAAGCUGCCUGUCUCUACCACUCAGUGCAUCACUGGUGCCAUCGUCGGUGUUGGUCUCUGCAACGGUGACUGGCGAUCCAUCAACUGGCGAAUGGUUGGCUGGAUCUACAUGGGUUGGUUCAUCACUGUGCCCGUCGCUGGUCUCAUCUCGGGUAUCCUGAUGGCCUUCAUUGCCAACGCCCCCAACUGGAGUUAA